AUGGGCAGUUUAGAUACCCAUGCCGAAUUGGCCACAAAUGGCAACCACAGCAAUUAUGAGCCAAUUGCAAUAAUUGGGAUGGGUUGUCGCCUGCCCGGUGGCGCUACAUCAACAUCUAAGCUAUGGGACCUCCUGUUGAAAGGACGUUCUGGCUAUUGUCAGGUUCCAAGUUCGCGGUUUGAAACUUCACUUUUCCACCAUCCUGAUGCAACCAAUUCUGUAGAAGAAAAUAAAACAGGCGGGUUUUUCAUUCAGGAUGAUGUUCGGUCCUUCGACAAUACGUUCUUCGGGGUCAAUAACAUGGAAGCUACUUAUAUGGACCCCCAGCAGCGUCAGCUUCUUGAAGUGUGUUUCGAAUGCUUUGAAAGUGCUGGGGAGACACUGGAAAUGCUCUCGGGAGAAGAUGUGGGUUGCUAUGUUGCCAACUGUAUCAUCGACUUUCUCGUAAUGCAAUUCAAAGACCCUCAACAAUUUCAUCGAUAUAGCGCAACAGGCUUGGGGUCUAACUUCCUUGCCAAUCGAAUUAGUCAUGCGUACAAUUUAAAAGGACCAAGUGUUGUUCUUGAUACAGCUUGCUCAUCGUCGUUAUAUGCUCUGCAUUCGGCAUGUUCUGCGUUGCAUAUGGGUGAAUGCAAAUCUGCUGUCGUGGCAGGGGCUAAUUUUAUACAGUCACCAGAGUUCCAUCUUCUAAUGAUCAAGGGUGGCUUUAUUUCGCCAACUGGAACUUCUCACACCUUUGAUACCGCCGCAGAUGGCUAUGGACGAGGAGAAGGUGUCGCUGCGCUCUACAUAAAGCGACUGAGUGACGCAAUCAGGGACGGGGACCACAUUCGCUCUAUCAUUCGCAGCACUGCAUUGAACAGCAAUGGGCAUACGGAUGGAAUCGCUUACCCCAGUGUUUCCGGACAAGAAGCAGUGAUUCGCAAGGCAUAUGCCAUGGCUGGCUUGCCAACAACUGAAACGGACUACAUUGAGACUCAUGGAACCGGGACGACCGUCGGGGAUCCUGUUGAGGUUGAGGCUCUGUCACGAGUUUUCAAUCAUAAAACCGAUUCGCCGAUCAGUAUAGGCUCCGUUAAACCGAAUUUAGGUCAUAGCGAAGCUGCUAGUGGACUGGCUAGCAUUAUCAAAGUUACACUGGCACUAGAAAGGAAUAUUAUACCUCCGACAAUUGGUAUCAAGCAUAUUAACCCGAACUUGAAACUAGUUGAACGAAACUUCCAAGUUCCAACUGAACCUACAUCAUGGCCACCUACAGUCAUCCAAAGAGCAAGUGUGAACUCAAUAGGCUUCGGUGGGGCUAAUGCUCAUGCCAUCAUUGACUCAGCCAGACCGUAUACUUCGCUUUCUCACAAUAAUAGCCAUCCAAUUUCGCCGAGUCGCAUUGGAAAAUAUACGCUGCUCACAUUUUCAGCACAUGGCAAACAGAGUCUAAUGGAGACUGUCACAAGCCUGGGAUUGAUUCAGUUGGACAGGCAAGCCGUUCUUGAUCUCGCGUUUACUCUAGCAUCCCACCGUUCCAAACUCGCGGACCGCGGCUACUUGCUUAUAGAGAACGGCGAUGCCGACCAUGAUCUAAGACCCGAAAACCUACAAAUGUUAGACCCAAACAACCGUCAUAUUCGACUUCCAAUUGCGUUUGUUUUUACAGGUCAGGGUGCACAAUGGCCGAAUAUGGGACGUGAACUUUUCACUUCAUUUCCCGUUUAUAGACGCACUAUUCAGUGCUUGGACUUUCAUCUCAAGCAGCUAGCCCAUGGUCCGUCGUGGACAAUUGAAGAAUCAAUCCUGGAGCCCGCAAGCAGUAGCCUGAUGGGCAAAGCCUCGCGUUCUCAGACUGUAUGCACUGCUAUACAGAUUGCAUUGGUCGAGCUUUUGCAGGAUUGGAAUAUAGUUCCUGAAGUCGUUAUUGGUCACUCUUCUGGUGAAAUUUGUGCCGCAUUUGCAGUUGGAUACUUGACUGCAGCAGAAGCCAUUGCAAUUGCUUAUUACCGAGGAAUGACAGUUUCUAAGAUAGAAAAGGAGGGCUCUAUGGCAGCCGUGGGCUUGGGUAGAACGGAGUCCGAGCAAGAAAUUGCAAGUUUGGGAUUGCAAGGGCAGAUCCGAGUGGCUUGUGUCAACUCUCCGCGGAGUUCGACGAUCAGUGGAGAUGCCUCCGCAAUUAAUUCGUUCACUGAAAGUCUUCAAAACAAAGACAUAUUUGCCCGAAAGCUCAAGACUGAUCUGAAAGCCUAUCAUUCUGACCACAUGCAAGUUGUCAGCCAAGAGUACGAAGACCUUGUCGAGUCGGUUUAUUCCAAAAGACCAACGACCGCUAAGUCUAGAUGCUUAAACCAAAAAAUGUUUUCUACUGUAACAGGGGGUUAUCCUGCGGCAGAAAAUCUCGUCGACACCCCUGGAUACUGGAGAAUAAACCUUGAAUCGCCUGUUCUAUUCAGCGACGGUCUCCAAAAGCUUAUGGAAAACUCAUAUCAUCUAAUCGAGAUUGGACCCCAUUCAGCGCUUCAACAACCAAUCAACGAAGUACACGAGUCCAUGGAUGAGGGGAAGGGUCCCUAUGUGUAUUCACCGACUAUAAUUCGAGGAAAGGAUGCCGAACAGACCAUGCUUCGACUAUGUGGCCAGCUAUAUCUACAUCAGCAACCAGUGACUUUGAACAAGGCCAAUAGAGUUUGUUCUAUGAAGGAUACCCACGACGGUUUUACCACCAGGUGCAAGUUAAUCCAUGAUCUUCCAACUUACAAUUGGAAUCACAAAGGCAUAUUAUAUCAUGAAUCACGUGUCAGCUCGGGAUACCGUCAGCAAAAGCACGGAAAUCACGAAUUGCUCGGCUCAUUAGUACCGGGGAUCAGCGAGCAAAGCUCUCAAUGGAGGGCCGUACUCAAUACAAAGGAUGUUCCUUGGCUUGAUGACCAUAAGCUAGGCAGUAGCACUGUCUUCCCUGGAGCAGGAUAUCUGGCACUGGCCACGGAAGCACUAUUUCAGCUACAGCAGUCUAAUCGAUCCGGAAUUCAGGGCGUCACAUUCCGUCAAGUUCAUAUCUCCAAUGUCCUGGUUCUGAAUGAGGACACAGAUGUCGACCUUUUCACAGAUUUACGACCUGCACAAAUAUCCAGCGUUUCAAAUUCUGAAAAAUGGUGGUCGUUUGAAAUAAGCUCAGUCGCUGAUAAUGUAUCUACAAUCCACGCAAACGGCCAGAUAGCAAUUCGACUUGAGAACUGUUUUCCUAGUCCAAAAUUCGAAGGAUUAUCGGUCGAAUCAAUGGAAGAGCAAGCCACGCGAACUUGGUAUGAUAGACUUACCAAAGAGGGACUACGGUUCGGACUCCAUUUUCAAUCUUUAUCCAAAAUCUACAACGAUGGAGCCAAAAUACUGUCCCAGACAAUUUCCGAGACAGAUUUGCUCCCAGACGGCCUCAGAGACCAAGAACCCAACUAUCUCAUACACCCAAUCACACUAGACGCGUUAUUACAAACAUCUAUUAUCGCGUCGGCAGGUGGUUCCGUCUCAAGAUUGAAAGCAAAGGUACCAGUCUCAAUAGGUAGUGUGGAUAUAAUCAUGCCGUCGGCCACCGAUUAUCAAGGUCCAUGCACUAUCUAUGCAGAUUCCACUAACGUUGGUUUUGGUGUGGUAAAUGUCAAUGCCGAGUUGAGGAGUUCUUCUGAAACCGUCCUCGUCCGCAUUAAUGAUAUUCGUAUGGUAGCAUAUGGGGAGAGCAAUGUAGAGACAGGCCUAUUCGAUGAAAAGCGACACCCUGUCUUGCGGGUCUUGUGGAAGCCUCAUAUCACGACUUUAAAGCCUGGAAGCUCUGCACAGCUAACCUCUUACAUUGACCGCUUUGCUAAAUCUCUAGAUGAGAAUCCGCUCUGCAAAAUUAACUCUGAUCUAGGUCAAUUUGCAGGGACGAUAGACUUACUUUCGCACUCGAACCCACGGCUACGUAUCCUUGAGUUGGGCACUGGCGAUAUCCGUUACUCUGCGCUACUACUUGACCUUCUUCGUGCAGACUCUAGUCUCAGACACUUCCGCACAUAUGAUAAAGCGGAAUUAGCUGACGAUGGGAGAAUUCUGGGCGGCAAGGUCCAGGAUAUCAGUGAGCUUGAACAGUGGGAGACACAAAAGAGUGAAAUCAAAAGUGAUGCGGCUUUUGAUGCCUUAAUAAUUCCUCCUAUGACACCAGGAUUGAAGAUCUCGGAUAUUUUAACAGAACGGACCAUGAGGCUGUUGACACCUGAGGCGACUAUAGUUUUCGUGUCCAGUGGAUCUGAUGAGCAUACUGCUGAUAUGGCAAAGUUUUCUGUCGUUUCUACGGUUCCACGUGAAUCUCAGGGUCGACACGUGGCCAUCGCUCGCUCGAUAGAAACGGUCACUCGAGUCCACAGCCAAGAGAGACAAAGUGUAAUAAUUGUGGAACGUAACAAUACGCAUGAAAUUAACCCUAUCCUGCAAAAUAUGCUCUCUGAAUAUUUUGGACAAAGCAUAGAUCGCAUUGAUUUCGAAGAUUUGUAUGCAAGUAUAAUUCCUACUGGGUGCAUCAUCAUCUCAACCAUCGAAUUGGAACAGUCUGUUUUUGAGACACCGAAUGAGGAUGACAUUGAGAGGAUAAAAGCCAUAACCAAUAAUGCUUCUAUCAUAGUUUGGCUUACUGGCGGAGCGCUUUUCAAAGCAAAGAACCCAUCCUUCGGCUUGACAUCGGGUUUCGCUAGAACGUUAAAACUAGAACAACCAUCAACUAACAUGUUUCUGAUUGAUUUCGAUAUGGAGAUUGAAAGCCUGGAUACCUGCGCCGCCAACACCAUAAGCGUCAUACAUCAAGGAAUACACGCUACAAAGCCGGAAUUCGAGUUCCUUCAACAUGACGGUGUUUUAUAUAGCUGUAGGUUUGUGCCAGAUGAAUCCAUGAACGAGCGUUUUCGACGAGGACAGAAUGCAGAUACUGUGGCGAUCCCUCUGAACGAGGCCGGACAUUGUCAACUUGACAUACAACGCCCUGGGCAGUUGGAUUCACUUCAUUUCAAGCAAUUCAUAAGCAAAGACAGCCAAGUUGCACCGGGUUAUGUUGAAGUAAAAGUACAGGCAGUCGGUUUAAACGCCAAGGACAUGUAUGCACUUCAUCGCAGAGUCGACACUAAGGAGUCAACAUGUUCUCUCGAAUUUACUGGAUUUGUACACCGUGUUAGCUCCUCCGAGUCCCAAUUUAAACCUGGAGAUAGGGUAGUAGUGAUGGCACCUUCGCAUUUCGGCAUUUUCGAAUGUGUGCCUGAGUGGGCAUGUUGCCUUUUACUAGAUGACGAGGACUUCGAAAUUUGUUCUACCAUCCCCGUGGUAUUUGGAACCGCUAUAUACGCGCUACAACAGAGUGCCCAGCUACGGCCAGGAGAGUCCGUCCUCGUUCAUUCCGCUACAGGCGGACUGGGUAUAGCAGCCAUUCAGAUUGCCAAGUUAAUAGGUGCUGAAAUAUUUGCGACUGUUGGCACACAAGAGAAGAGAGACUUUUUAAUAAAGAAUUUUGGGAUUGAAGAAGACCACAUUUUCAGCUCUCGAGAUUCUACAUUCUUGCCUGGUAUUCUCAAGACUACUGGUGGUCACGGAGUGGAUGUGGUUCUGAACUGCCUAACUGGUGAUCUACUGCAUGAUAGUUGGAGUGUUUGCGCUGAGUUUGGUCGAUUUGUCGAAGUCGGCAAGUAUGAUAUUGUGAGCAACGGCAAGUUGGACAUGGGUAUCUUUGCGCGUGGAACAACUUUCACUGCUUUUGACCUGUCAGAUAUGUUCUGGUCAAAGAAUGAAAAACACCAUAAUAUAUGGUCAAGCCUCUUGACAAAAGCCAUGCAAUACUACCGCCAAGGCAAAAUCAAAGCAGUCAAUCCCCUCAAAGUUUUCGAUGUAUCUGAGGUUACUCAAGCAUUUCGAUACUUUUCCCUUGGAAGCCGAAUUGGUAAAGUUGUGGUCUCAUUUAGUAACCAACAGUCUUCACUAUCUGUUGUUCCCAUUAAAUUCAAAACAAUUUUGAGUCCAGAUAAGGCGUAUAUAUUGAUUGGAUGUCUUGGUGGUCUAGGUAGAAGUUUGUCAAAGUGGAUGUUCGACCGUGGGGCUCGAAAAUUUGUCUUCUUAGGUCGCUCAGGCGCUGACAGGGGACCUGCAAGGAAGCUCAUCAAUGAACUCAAGGUGAGGGGUGCCGAGACCACUGUUAUCCGGGGAGAUGUCAGUGAUGCGGCCGAUGUGAAUGCAGCGGUGGCACAGAUCCAAGAUUCAAUUGGGGGAGUUGUUCACGCUGCGAUGGGGCUAGAUCUCGCUCUUAUCAACGAAUUGACAAGCAGAGGGUGGCGUGCAGGCAUUGAUGGAAAAGUUCAAGGAGCCUGGAAUCUCCACAAUGCCCUUUCUAAUCGCUCCAAUGACCUUGAUUUCUUCCUGAUGACUUCUUCUAUCGCUGGAUCUCUCGGUACUGCGACAGAAAGCAAUUACUGUGCUGCUAAUGCCUUCCUCGAUGCUUUUGCUCGGUACCGCCGAAGAAAUGGUCUUCCUGCUACUGCACUUGGCCUCGGUAUGAUCUCAGAAGUUGGCUAUCUUCAUGAACAUCCAGAAAUCGAAGCCUUGUUGCUUCGUAAGGGCGUGCAUCCCAUUAAUGAGGAUGAACUUCUUCAAAUAGUGGACAUUGCCCUCUCCCCUGACCUAGUCAACACUAGUGCAAGGAAUAGUUCUGACCUUCCUGCUGAUUAUAUCUCUGAAGCUCAAAUCCUGACUGGUCUUGAAGCCCUGGGACUUCAGAAGAUUCUUGCCAUGGGAUGGGAACGGCCCACACAAGUUUUGGAUGAUCCUCACACAGCUAUUAUUGCAGGCGGCUAUACCACGCUUAUUGAAAUGGCUAAAAACAGUGGCGGCGAGGGAAAAAACCAAAACAAAUCAAACGGUAACACCGACUUAUUGAAACCUGUUUCGACAGCUCUUGAUGUGCAGAUAUCUGCUUCUACUAGCAAGAGUGACAAUGAUAGCAACAACAAUCCUCAACCUAGCGAAGGUCUUAUUGAAGCUGUGCAAAAUGUUGUAUCCGUUAAGAUUAGUGCACUUCUCCUUGUGCCCACAGAACAAUUGACUACGGAUAAACAACUAUCGGAUUUCGGUAUGGAUUCAAUGUUAGCGGCAGAGUUCCGCGGAGCCAUGUUCCGCACAUUUCGAUCUGAUGUUCCCUUUACAACCCUCCUUGAUCACAGGACAAGCAUUCGCAGUCUUGCAUGUUUGGUAGGGGGACAAUUGUUGAAGAAGGCCCUGUCGAAGACAUAG